AUGGGUGACGAAGAAAAGAAAGAGAAGAAGAAGAAGAGCAAGAAGAAGGCAGAGGAAGAUGCUCCUGCCGCCGCCGCCGCAGCCCCAGCUGCCCCUGCUCCUUCCUCCAGACCCACAUCCCAGAAGAGGAGAGCCCAGAGGUCCGGCAGCAAUGUCUUUGCAAUGUUCACUCAACAUCAAGUUCAAGAGUUCAAAGAAGCUUUCCAACUUAUUGACCAGGACAAGGAUGGUUUCAUCUCUAAGGGCGAUAUUAGAGCGACAUUUGAUUCUCUUGGACGUCUGUGCACAGAACCGGAGCUUGAUUCCAUGGUUGCAGAGGCCCCAGGUCCAAUCAACUUCACCAUGUUCCUAACCAUCUUUGGUGAUAGAAUUGCUGGCGCUGACGAGGAAGAUGUCAUUGUAAACGCUUUCAACAUGUAUGAUGAAGGUGAUGGCAAAUGCAAGGAAGAAACGUUGAAGCGUGCCCUGACCACAUGGGGAGAGAAAUUCAGCCAGGAGGAGGUUGAUGAAGCUCUUUCUGAAGCCCCAAUUGACAACAACGGACUCAUCGAUAUCAAGAAGUUCGCUAAUAUUCUCACCAAGGGAGCAGAAGAAGAGGAAGGAGGUUAA